CCGGGACCUGGCUGAUGUAAGAACACAGACGGAUGGUGAACCAAGAUGGCGGCACACUAAGAAAAUGUCAACAAUACCAUCUUACACACCAAAACCACUCAUCUGUCCGUCAAACAAGGAACUACAUCCCUCCGCAAUGCUUCAAACAAGAACAUCCUGAGAUGAUAAAACAAGAUGGAGACGUUUGUUGGUUUGUUUGAUAGUUCGCCGAGAAAUGGCGUUGCCAGUUCGCCGCUUUCUGUACCCUUGCCCGAGUGUCUUCCACCCGAAGUCGAGGAAGGAAAUAUUGAAUACAAGUUAAAACUGGUGAAUCCCUCUCCAUCUCGACUGGUCCACCUUGUAACCCAGAUGAAAUGGCGUCUGCAAGAGGGUCAGGGCGAAGCAAUCUAUGGUAUUGGGGUGGAAGAUAACGGAGGGCUUGUAGGCUUGCCUGAAAAGGAGCUCAAGUCAUCGCUUGCCACUUUAAACACAAUGGCUUCCAAGCUAGGGGCCACUACAUCCAUCCUACGGCAGAGAAAUGUGGAGGAGAUGCGCAAGGUGGUGGAAGUGCUGGUCAGGCAGGUCCCUGAUGAUCAGCAGUUCACUGACAUCAGGAUGGCAGUUCUUGGUAAUGUUGAGUCUGGUAAGAGCACAUUACUGGGAGUUCUCACCUAUGAUGAACUUGAUAACGGACAAGGCCGUGCCCGCCUGAACCUUUUCCGUCACUUGCAUGAGAUCCAGUCAGGCAGGACAUCAAGUAUCAGCCACGAAAUCCUAGGCUUUAGCUGUACUGGAGAGGUUGUUAACUACAGCGAUGGGCGUUCAGCUGAGGAUGUUUGUGAACAGUCAAGUAAGCUGAUCACAUUCAUUGACCUGGCCGGCCACCACAAGUACAUGAAGACUACCAUAUUUGGACUGACUGGACACUCACCCGACUAUGCUAUGCUGGUGAUUGCUGGAAAUGCAGGCAUUGUUGGGACCACCAAGGAGCACCUAGGCCUGGCCAUGGCCCUGAAGGUGCCGACCCUUAUCAUCAUUACCAAGACAGACAUCUGCACACCGGCAAUGCUACAGCGGACCACACGCCUUGUGGAGCGUAUUCUGCAGUCUCCUGCUUGCAACAAGGUGCCUAUCAGAGUGCUGGCUGAAGAGGAUGCCGAAGAUGCUGCAGAGAAUUUUGCCUCUGGACAGGUGACUCCAAUAUUCACACUCUCAUGUGUGACAGGAGAAAAUCUAAGCCUGCUGAAAAAGUUCCUCAAAGUUCUUCCUCCUGUAAUGUCCAGUGCUGACCAGGAAAAAUUAGCCCAGGAAAUCACACAGUACAAGAUUGAUGAGACCUUCAAUGUCCCAGGAACUGGACCUGUGGUACUUGGUACACUAACUAGUGGUAUUCUCCAUGAAGGAGACACUCUUGUAGUGGGGCCAUUGUGCUCAGGACACUUCCAGACAGUACGGAUCUUAUCUCUCAAGAGAAACCGUGCGCCAUGCCGGGUGGUGAGGGCAGGACAGUCUGCAUCAGCUGCUCUCAGCGGCAUAGAGAGGCAUGAACUACGAAGGGGCAUGGUGAUGACAGAUCCAUCCCUUGAGCCUCGCGCAUGCAUGUGCUUCUGGGCUGACGUCUACCUCCUCUUCCAUCCAGCGGCUAUCAGCAAAAGGUUCCAGGCGACGGUCUACAUCGACAAUGUCAUCCAAAAUGCCAUCAUAGAUGACAUGAGUAAGGACUACUUGAAGACAGGGCAGCGCGCCAAAGUGCGGUUCCGGUUCGUAAAGCAGCCUGAGUUUAUCCGGGAAGGAUCACGACUGUUUUUCAGGGAGGGACACACUAAAGGCAUCGGACAGGUCAUAUCCGUAGUGUACUACAAGCCGGACGCUAUCAGUUGACCUCGCCUUUAGACACAUCCAAGGGUUAGGUCCACAUUUUAGAAUCACACUCAGGGCUGCUAAUGUAGGGUACAUGUUCUCCAUCUGACCACGCCUGUAGCCUUCGCCAAGCGACUAGGGCAUCCAGAGCCACCCCUAAUAUAGGGGUCACAAUAAGUAAACAGGGGGUCGGCGAUCGCACAUGACAUUAGCACAAGGAUGAAGGCGACUUUGUGAACCCCCAGAAAAUAUGUUAUGUCGCUCUAAUAAAUAACACCGUUAUAAGGGCGAAAAAAAAAACAAAUAAUCUCACCAAGUAUUUGAUUCACUUGUACCAAUAGUAAGGUGUUUACUCGUAAGUUUCGGCUACACCUUGAGAGGUUUCCCUUAAGGAGACGUAAUUUUACAUCUGCCUGAGCUGUGGUACAUAGUUUUGGCUUGUAUUGUGGGGUAAAACACUUUUAAAGUUUAAACGUGGGAACGUGGAAAGUGCACUAGCUUUUAUAAACAAGGAUGCAUCUCCUCUUAACCAUUUGCAAUGGGCUAUCCCUAGAGGUGUGUCAGCUUGGCGGUGUUAUCCAAUAGAUUGCCUCUAAUGUUCUAUGUAAGUUUCGGCAGAAAAACGAUUUCGAUAUUGUGAUCGAGCUUGAGAAUAAAACUUUCCUACUGGAAAUAAAAUGAAACUAAGCAAAAGCACAAGGGAACACGCUUUGGUAUUAAAUUUAUACAACUUUUUAUUUUUAUUGCUCUGGAUGGGAGGAAAUUGUGUUAUUAGUGUAAUAAUAGGAACUUCUUAGGUAAUAUUUAAAUUUUUAUAUAUUUUUGAACGCUUAUUGAAUUAAAUUACUUGAGAUAAAUGCU